AUGCCUUUCAGAGCGUUCCCACGCACCGCAUUGGCAUCUUCAUCACUCCGUCUGACCUCCGCUCCGCUCGCGCGCAGCAGACUAUUCGCCAUCACUUCACACCUCAGAGCCCCCCUCACAGCCCCGCAAUCGACAGUCACCGUGAGAACAAUGGCGUCCACCAGCAUUCCGGCGACCAUGAAGGGCGUCAUCGUCGAGAAGACGGGCGGAACGGACGUCCUGCAAUACAAGACAGACCUACCCGUCCCGCAGCCCAAGGCGGGCGAAGUGCUGGUGAAGAACGACUUCAUCGGCAUCAACUACAUCGACACCUACUUCCGCAGCGGCCUCUACCCCGCCCCCUCCUUCCCCUACACCCUCGGCCGCGAAGCCUCCGGCUCCAUCGUCUCGACCGGCCCCAGCUCCAGCGGCUCCGACCUCCACGGCCUCGCCGCCGGCGACCGCAUCGUCUGGAUGGGCACGGGCGCGUACGCCGAAUACACGGCGGUCCCGACGGCGCACGCGACCAAGAUCCCCGCGGGGGUGGCGGCCGACGUCGCGGCGGCGGCGCUGCUGCAGGGGCUCACGGCGCUGACGCUGAUCCGCGAGGCGCACGCGGUGCGCGCGGGCGACUGGGUGCUCGUGCACGCGGCGGCGGGCGGCGUCGGCUUGUGGCUGUGCCAGCUGCUGCGCGCGGUGGGGGCGCGCACCGUGGGGACGGCGAGCAGCGAGGCGAAGAGGGAGUUGGCACGCAGGAACGGCGCGGAGGUGGUGGUGGGUUACGGCGCGGAGGAGGUGGUGGCGAAGGUGAGGGAGGUGACGGGCGGGGCGGGCGUGGUGGCGGCGUUUGAUGGCGUGGGGAAGGCGACGUUCGAUGUUAGUAUGGAGAGUCUGGCGCGGAAGGGGAGCAUGGUGAGCUUUGGGAAUGCGAGCGGGGCGGUGCCGCCGGUGACGAUUGCGCGCCUCUCUGCGAAGAACGCGAAGCUGCUUCGGCCCACGUUGUUCAACUACCUUGGUACCCGUGAGGAGUUUGACCAGUACACUUCUGAGCUUUUUGAGUUCAUUGAGAAGCACAACAUCGACGUUCGCAUCCACGAGGUGUAUCCGUUGGCGGAGGUUGCUAGGGCGCACCAGGAUCUGGAGGGAAGGAAAACUACCGGAAAGCUGCUGCUGAAGCCAUGA